CUCCUAUGUGAGGUUUGAUAUAAUUCGAAGGAUAAUGACUAGGUUUUUUGGAAUUGAAGUUGUUAUGGUGAUGGGGAUCACAGACAUAGAUGACAAGAUAAUAAAAAGAGCCAAUGAGAUGAAUAUAUCGCCAGUAGCUCUUGCUCGUAUUUAUGAAGAAGACUUUAAACAAGAUAUGGCUGCCUUAAAGGUCCUUCCUCCUACAGUAUAUAUGAGAGUGACUGACAAUAUUCCUCAGAUAAUUUCCUUUAUAAAAACAAUAAUUGCUAGUGGACAAGCUUAUUCAACCUCGCAAGGCAAUGUUUAUUUUGAUGUUAAGUCUUGGGGAAAAAGAUACGGAGUAUUAACUACUAUUUAUCCUGAUACCCAAGAUGAAACAGUUGAUACUGAUAAAAGACAUGGUAAAGACUUUGCCCUGUGGAAGGCUGCCAAACCUCAAGAGAUAUCUUGGACUUCUCCCUGGGGAAAAGGAAGACCUGGAUGGCACAUUGAGUGUUCCACAAUAUCAAGUGCAGUGUUUGGAAAGCAGCUGGACAUCCAUACUGGUGGAAUAGAUCUUGCAUUUCCUCACCAUGAAAAUGAGAUUGCACAGUGUGAGGUGUAUCAUCAGUGUGAGCAGUGGGGGAACUACUUUCUGCAUUCUGGGCAUUUGCAUGUUAAAGGAAGUCAAGAAAAAAUGUCCAAAUCAUUAAAAAACUACAUAACAAUUAAGGAUUUCCUGAAGAAGUUUUCGUCAGAUCAAUUCAGGAUGUUUUGUUUGCGCAGCAGAUACAGCUCAGCAGGCAAAUGCUACUUUGAACUGGAAGAGGUUUUCAUAUGGAUAGUGGUUUUACCAGUUUAUUGGGGCCUGCCCAAGGCAGAUGGUAGUUCUGUAACCACUGCUGGGUCAUCUGGCUUGUUGGCUAUCCUGGCAUGCGAUGAUGCCUUCAAUGGCAAAGGAGAGAAGGAGUAG